AAUGUUUUAACACAUUGUUUUGUGAGAUCGACGAUGACUAAAGCUUUUAGAAUCUCGCGAUAUUUUUUUAUUUUCCAAGUAAACGAAAGUAGAAAUCGAAAGUAAAAAGUUAUCGGGUAGGCAACCAUAGAUGAUCUUGAAGAAGAAUGGAGACGGAGGUGUCUUUCUGUGGCUGGAAAGCUGUUAAAGACCGCAGCAGGUCUCUGUCCGAGAACCAGGAACCGAAGUCAGGCCGUGUAUACACAAUGUUUCACGGCGCACAUUUGACAAACGCGAUGGCUAUCAUUAAUAACGGAUUUAAACCCUCUAAAGAUGGAAUGCUGGGCCCCGGGGUUUAUGUCAGUCGUAACAUCGAUAAAGCCAAGUGUUACCCGCUCAAUACUGACAAAAAAGACAAAGUCGUUUUCAAACUGCGGGUGUGUGUUGGAAAAGUUAAGAAAAUAGACUGUGACAAUCAUCCUCUCCAGACAUCGUGGCACAGCAAUGGGUACGACUGCGCGUGGGUUCCGCCAAACAGCAAGAUCUCCACCAUCAAGUCUGGUCGCGAAGAGGACUGCGUGUGGGACCCCAGUCACAUCAAGGUGAUUGACGUGGCGUGCUGUGUGGAUGACGAUAAACGCAAGGAGCUUCGACGGCUGAUUCGGAGUAAACUGAAAAACGAAGGCUGCGAUCUUUGUCAUCGCGACAAUGCUGAUGAAGACCAUGAUGUUCAGCUGUGCUGGGAGUGCAAGAAACAAAUCUGCCCUUUUCAGGGAAAACACGUGUGCAAAAGCAGAAAGAUCAAAGAAAGACUCUAAAAUGUCAAGGCUAACUUAAGAUCUGGAUCUGUCUUUUAUUAGUUUAUUUUUUUGUUGUUUCUUUUAACCCUCUGUAAUCAUAUUUAAGCCUACGGAAAUAAAAGUUUCAUUUAUCAUUAAA